UCUCUACCUUAUCAAGAUCAUGAAGGUGCAAAGAAUUAGAUCAAUAUGUUCGUUCUUACAACAAUCUCCGACUUGAUACAGAUUCAGCCGAAAGAACUGCGCAAGCCCAUUGAAGAAGCUCUUGAAGAUAACAUCAAUCAAAAAUACGCAAACAGAGUUCUCCAAAAUGUUGGUCUUUGUCUUUUCCUAUGGGAUGUUCUACGAGCCUCUGAAGGUCUAAUCGGCCAAGGUGAUGGAAUGAUUAAUGUCAACGUGGAAUUUCGUCUUGUGGUCUUCCGGCCAUUCAAAGGCGAAAUCCUUCAAGGCGUCAUACUUGACAGUUCAUCCCCAGAGGGAAUUCGCAUCGGCCUUGACUUCUUCGCAGACAUUUGGAUCCCCGCUCCCACCAAUCUGCCGGAGGACUCCCGUCUUCUCACAAGCGAAGCCAAGCCUGUUUGGGUCUGGAACCCUAACGCGUCGGAAGAUCCGCUGAACGAUGACUUGAGUGAUGCAUAUUUCUACGAAGUGGACGAGACGGUGCGCUUCAGGGUAGAGGACGAGAUUUGGCAUAACACUGGGCCCGAGAAAGCUGAUUUCCUUGAAAACCCAAAUGGUGACUUGACCAUUCGUACUCAUGUGGCUGCGGGCGGCUUUCAAAAGGCAGCUGAUGAAAAGGAGACCGCGAAGCAGAGCCCCGUCCCAUAUGCUAUCAUUGGUAGUAUGGCAGCGGCUGGCUUGGGUUGUGUACAUUGGUGGAGAGUGCAUGAUGAAGGUGGCGAAGAUGGUGGUGAAGAUGACGGAGGCGAGGAUGAAAUGGAGGGAGUCGAAUGACAAUUCAGGCCUUAAAGGAUGAAAUAAAACGAAAGAUGGUAGCCUUCCAAGAGUAUUUCUGAUGAGGGGCAGCUGACCUCCAAAGAACAUCCAAAUAUUAGGAUCCUAAAGUACCGCGUCUUAGGAUCCACCCCGGCUUUACUAGCAUCUGCAAGGUAUCGGGAUGAUCUGGGUUCAUUUGAAAAAGAACAUAAAGAUUAGACGCUGAGUUAAUGAUGUUGUUCGAAUUAUGCUUGGAUUAGUCAACGUUUAUCUAUUCAUAAAUGAGCUCUUUCUACAUGGUAUCUCAAAA